AUGAGACCUCCCACAGCAAGCACACUUGCGCGAUGGAGCAUACAGCCCGUUGCCGCCGCCCCAGCAACUUCUGCGAGCGCAUAUGGCAGAGCUGCGGCCUACAGACGGACAUCCACAGCGUCUGUGGCCCGGAGCCCUGCGACCCGAACGUCGCUGUCAAUACAAUCAUGUCCUUCGCCGCUCUCGUUCUUGCGAAGCAACUUCCUGCCUGAGGUCGUCAUCUUCCGGACCUCGUCUGCAUAUACCCGCCAAUUUUCGUCCAAAUCUGCACCACAAGAACAAGCGCAAAAACAAAAGACCGCGACGGCUGAAGAGCCCCAGGCAAAACCAGAAUCUCCCAAGAAGCCAGUGAACCCAGAAGGGUCUGCAAACGAACACGCAGCAGGCGAAGCGGGCAAGGAAGGCGACGAGACAAAGGAAAAGAAGGCUGGAGAGGAGGAGGCUGGCGAAGAAAAGGAAGGAGAAGAAGGUGCGAAGAAGGAGAAGAAGGAGAAGAAGGAUGCGCCCCCACCACCACCCCACGGCGACAAGACACCAUGGCAAGUCUUCACGGAGACUUUGCAGCAAGAGUUCCAGGCCUCCAAGGAAUGGAAUGAGUCCACCAAGCAGUUGGGCGGCUCGAUCCACGACUUCACACAAAACCCACAAGUCCAGAAGGCAGCAGAGAUCACAGAGGCAGCCAAGACAAAGACUGCCCAGGCACUGAAGGCUACCGGACGCGCCGUGGGCCAGGGUGCAGCAUGGACUUGGGAUACCCUGCCCGUCAAGGGCGUGCGUGCCGCCGCCAGAGUCACUGGAACCGGUCUAGACUAUGCUACACGGCCAGUGCGGCAAACCAAGGCAUUCCAGGCUGUCAAGGAAACUAUCGAUGACGGUAGUUCGUCGAGAUAUGGAGGUUGGGCUGAAAAGGAGGAGCGCAGGAAGAGGAGAGAACUGAGGGAGCUUAAUGAGCUGCAGCGGACUGGAGGCAAGCGCUCUGAGCCCAUGGAAGAAGAUCCCAAUGCUGGCACCAACGUCACCCUUCACAAGGACGCAAAGUACAAGGAGGUCUGGCGGGAAUGGAAAGACAACUCCAAGCUCGCACAGGGCUUCUUCAGCAUCAAGUCCAUAUACAACGAGUCCGACAAUGCCCUCAUUUCGACAGCCCGCAGCAUCUCUGACCGUAUAACUGGAUUCUUUGCUGAGAAUGAGACAGCCAUGGUCAUUAAGAAGUUCCGCGAGAUGGAUCCCAACUUUCAAAUGGAGCCUUUCCUCACCGAAAUGCGCGAGUACAUUCUCCCCGAAGUCUUGGACGCCUAUGUAAAGGGUGAUGUCGCCGUUCUCAAGGAGUGGCUCUCGGCAGCACAGUACUCCGUCUAUGCAGCGCUGAUGCAACAAUAUCAGGCCGCUGGUCUCAAGUCUGACGGCAAAAUCGUCGACAUUCGAGGCGUCGACGUGCUGAACGCCAAGCUCCUGGAGCCCGGUGAGAUCCCAGUCUUUAUCCUCACAUGCAGGACACAGGAGGUGCACGUCUACAGGAAUGCGAAAUCUGGAGAGCUUGCAUCCGGCAUGGACGACAAGGUGCAGCAGGUAACGUACGCCAUUGGUGUCACCCGGAUACCAGAAGACGUCAACAACCCCGAGACGCGAGGCUGGAGGCUCAUCGAACUCCAUAAGAGCGCAAGAGACUACUACUGA